CUCUUGUACAUAUAUACAGCAGAGCAGCUCAUGCUGGAGCAGCUAGAGCUAGCUUUAGGCAGGUGAUCGAAACUAGACAAAGAGGGAGAGAGCCAUCCUCCUGCUUCCUUUUUGACUUGUUUGCCACAUGUAGCUGGCUGGCUAGCUAGCUAGAUUUCUUCUUCCUUUAGCUUGUACUCUCUCUGCCUUUCCGUUCGCCGUCGAGCUUUGUCUCUCUAUAUCUCCCCCAAGCUAGCUCGGUAGCCAGCCAAAGCCAAGAAGAGCUAGCUGCAAGAAAGGAAGAAGAUGGGUAGGGCUCCAUGCUGUGACAAGGGGAGCGUGAAGAAAGGGCCCUGGUCGCCCGAGGAAGACAGGAAGCUCAAGGACUACAUCCACAAGUUUGGCACCGGCGGCAACUGGAUUGCGCUCCCCGCCAAAGCCGGCCUGAAGAGGUGUGGGAAGAGCUGCCGGCUGCGCUGGCUCAACUACCUGAGGCCAAACAUCAAGCACGGGGGCUUCUCGGACGAGGAGGACAGGGUCAUCUGUAGCCUCUACGCCAGCAUCGGGAGCAGGUGGUCCGUCAUCGCGGCGCAGCUCCCCGGGAGGACCGACAACGACAUCAAGAACUACUGGAACACCAAGCUCAAGAAGAAGCUACUACUCAACGUCAUGAGCCACAGCCACAGCCAAAUCAGGUCGUCCAAGGAGCCUCCUCCUCCUGCUGCUGCUGCUAAUGUCGGGAUCGGAGGAGCAGAUGAUCACCCACCACUCGCAUUGUUCUCCCAGCUGCUGCUUGAUCAGCAGCACUACCAUAGCUCGUCGUCUCUCAUGUUUGGAAUUGGAGGCGACCACCACCAUUACCAGCAGCAGCAGCAGAUGGCGCCAUCGUCGUCUGUCUUCCUCAAUGACUUUGACCUCAUGAUCAGCAGCGGCAGCGGCAGUGAUGGCCUGGAACAGAGCUCCAUCUUCGCCGGCUUGCAGUUGCAGCAGCAGGAAGAACUUCCAGCUGCUGACGGCCUGAUGCCUCAGCUGGAUCAUCAUCAUCAUCAUCACCAUCACCGGCUUUACGCGUACGGCAGCAGCUAUGUGGAGGAUCAGCAUGAGAUGAAGCCGUUGGUGAUUGCGCCGUCGACGGGUAGCUUCUUGUACGCUGCUGCCACGGCAACCCCAGGGACUAGGUACCAAUAUUAACUAGCUAGUAGUACGGUUUAGAGAUAACCAGCCAUUAUGCUGCAGCCGAUGCAUGCAUGCAUUUGUAUGAUCAAUGAUGUGUGUUUGUCGUUUCUUUUGUUUUUUCAUGAGGUGGAGUGUAAUUUGGAAUGCAUGGUGUGUUUUGUUGGUACUUUUUAGAGUGGGUUGUAAUGUUAAUUCGACAAAUAUACUGGCAAUUAAGUUAA